AUGUUGUCGGCAACAUCAAAAGAUCAACAACAUCUUUUUUCUAGUUAUCGUGCAUUAGGUUUAGUUACUAAUCAUGUACCCUGUAUACUACGUAUACAUCAACGCCAUUCAUCUCAUUUACUUUUAACUGCUAUCGGCAAAGUAUUUCAUGCGCAUCGUCUUAACACACUCCAAGUAUUACUUGUUAGUGAUGCUCAUCCAGAAGAUAUUCAAGUACUUGCAUCAAAUAGUCGGCUAGUAUUUGCUGCUGCUGGUUCAACAAUUUAUGUUUAUCGUCGUGUAUUUCAUCUUCAUCAAACUUUAACUGAUCAUAAGGGUGAUAUUAAACAUUUAUUACCAUUUGGUGAUGAACAUUUAGUUAGUGUCGAUGAAUCAAAUACAUUACGCGUAUGGGAUAUUCAAUCAGGAAGUGUUUACCUAUCACUUGAAUUCAAUACACAAAAUUUUCAUAUAACAAGUUUACUGCAUCCAGCUACGUAUGUUAAUAAAUUAUUAGUAACAUCACGUCAAGGUACUAUGCAACUAUGGAAUAUAAAAGCUAAUAAACUAUUACAUGAAUUUUUUACUAAUGAUACAAAAUCGAAUUCUAUAACUACAAUUGCUCAAUCAACUGUCGUCGAUGUUGUUGCGAUUGGUUAUAAUGAUGGUCAAAUACGUUUACAUAAUCUUCGUUAUGAUGAAACUCUAGUUACAUUUACACAAGAUUUUAAUGGACCAAUAACAUCUAUUGCUUUUCGUCUUGAUAAUAUUCCGCAUAUGGCAACGGGCUCAUCAACUGGUCAUAUUUGUAUUUGGAAUUUAGAUACAUGCCAUUUAAUCAGUCAAAUGCGACAAGCACAUAAAGAAUGUGCUAUAGCUUCACUUCAUUUCAUACCUGGUGAACCAUUACUAAUAUCCAAUGGUAGUGAUAAUGCUUUACGCGAAUGGAUAUUUGAUAUGCCUGAUGGUCAAUCAUGUCGAUUAUAUCGUGAACGUUGUGGACAUUCGAAAUCGCCACGUUGCGUUCGUUUUCAUGAUAAUGAUAUUAUACUUUCAGCCGGUAAUGAUGGACGUUUACGAACAUUUCAUACGAUACUUGAUAAUCUUUCACGUUGUUUUGGUCGUACAACGCGAUAUAAAUGGGAACUGGAAUUAAACGAAAGCGAAGACGAUAAUAAUGAAAAUGAAAGUACAGAACAACCACUACCAAUUGUUGACUUACGAUGUGAAGUUAUUAAAGAAAAUGAUUGGGAUGGUAUUGUUGCUGUACAUGAAAAUCGAAGACGUAUAUCCGCUUGGAAUUAUAUUCGAGCUACACGUAGUCAACAUCGUUUUGAACAUGAAAGAUUUGCAACGAAAGUUUAUCAUAAUGUUGAUGUUGUUGCGACUUGUUGUGAUAUUAGUCCAUGUGGAAAUUUUUGUGUUAUUGGAUAUUCUACUGGACAUAUCGAUAUGUAUAACAUGCAAUCGGGAAUUUAUCGUGGAUCAUUCGAUGAUGGUCCAAUAAAAUUUGCUGCAAAAAAUCCGAGCAAACGUUUGAAAUCUUCUCCAUAUGCAACAGCACAUUCAUUUGCUCUGUGUGGUAUCUCAUUUGAUUCACUGAAUACCCGUCUUAUAUCAUGCGAUUCAAAUGGAAAUAUCAAAUUAUGGCGUUUAAAAACAAAAACUCUUAUUUCAUCAUCAUCUGUUUUUAAUCAAGAAAAUUCCGAUGAAAAAAUUACAAUAACAAAAAUGAUUGUGCAUCGUGAUAGUGGUCUUAUUGCACUUGCAUUCAAUGAUUAUACAAUAAAGAUAUUUGAUUUUGAUACAAUGACUUGUAAAUGUAUUCGUACAUUUAAAACUAACAGUCAUAAAGAAGAAAUAACAGCAUUAGCAUUUAUGCCUGAUGCACGAUGGCUAUUAUCAACAUCAUUAGAUAAAACAAUGCGUAUAUGGGAUAUACCAAGUGGACAAUUAAUUGAUACUAUUGAAUUUGAUCAAGCAAUAAUAACAAUAGCUGUAAGUCCAAAUGGUGAUAUGUUAGCAACAGGACAUACCGAUGCCUUAGGUGUUUUUCUAUGGUCAAAUCGUUCUAUGUAUGAUAGUUCAAUUAUUCGUACAACAAAUGAUGUUGAUAAUCAAGAAUUAUUAGUUGGAGACUUUCAAUCGCCGGAACAAAUUUCCAAAAAUUUACUAACACUUUCAACAUUACCAGAAUCAAAAUGGAAAAAUUUGCUUGUACUUGACACCAUACGUCAACGAAAUAAACCAAAAGAAGCAAUAAAUAUACCUAAGCAAGCACCAUUUUUUUUGCCAACUGUAUCAAACUUACGUGGGUUUGUUUUUAUUAAUCCCGAUGAUGAAGACGAAAAAAAUAAAAAACAGUCACGUAUACAUCAAAUUCAAAAAUUUCUUCAUGAAUCAUCAUUAACAAAUUUUCUUGAUCGUCAAAAAGCAAGUUCAUCAUUAUCAAUUGACGUAAUUAAUCAUUUAAAAGAUCUUGGAAUGGCUAAAAUUGAAUAUGAAUUAAGAUGUUUAUCACCUGAACAAGGUGGCUCAUUAGAACGAAUGUUCAAAUUUAUUGACAUACUUAAUCAAGCAUUAGAAGAGAAACAAAAUUAUGAUUUAGUUAGUUCAUAUUUAGCACUUUUUAUACAAUUACAUGGAACAAGUUUCAUAUGGAAAAAUGAUGAAUUAAUAGAACAAAUUCGAAAAAUUCAAUUAAAACAAAAAGAAACUUGGCUUAAUAUACAACGACAAUUGAAUACAUCAAUUGCAUUGGUGAAGUAUAUUAAAAGUGUUACUACUAUUUAA